AGCUCAUUGCAUAGAUCUAAUGUUGAAGGAUAUUGGUGAGUUGGAUGCGGUCAAAAAAUGUGUAGCUCGAGCACAAUCAAUUACCAAAUUUAUAUAUAAUCAUCAUUGGGUCCACGCAUUAAUGCAAAAGUAUGUAAAUGGUGAGGUACUUCGACCUGGAAUUACUCGGUUUGCUACCAAUUUUAUUGCAUUAAAGUCAUUACAGCAAAAAAGGCAAGGCUUGAAGGCAAUGGCUAGCUCACAAGAGUGGUCUGAAUCCAGAUAUUCAAAAUUGAGUGAUGGAAAGAAGAUAGAAAAGGCCAUUCUUUCCUCUAGAUUUUGGGAUACUAUAGCAGAAAUCAUAAAAGGUGUGGAACCACUUUAUAUUGUCCUCCGUAAGAUCGAUAUGGACAAGCGUCCACAAAUGCCGUAUCUUAAAUAUAUGUUGAUUUCAGCAAGAGAGGAGAUCAGGAAAGCAUUCAAAGAUGAUUUUAAGGCCGACCAAUAUGUACGAAUCAUUGAUCGUCGGACCGAUGUUCAUAUGGAUCAAGAUAUCCAUAAUGCAGGUAAAUUCAUAUUCAGAAUAAUUUAAUUUAUUAUUAUUUAGAUAAUAAAAAAUCAUACUAACAAAAUUAUGUUUUGCAGCGUAUUAUCUAAACCCAGCAAUUCAAUAUCGAUAUGCUCUCGGAACGCAAAAUAAUUUCCUAAUGACACUACGAAAUGUUAUAUAUCGGCUCUUGCCAAACACUACCGAGGCAACCGAUGCUCUUAUGGAGGGUCGAUUAUUUCGAGAAACAAUUGGUUCAUUCUCCGACGUUGUAGCUGUAUCGUGCCGUUACACUAUGGAUCCUGUCGAGUGGUGGCUACAAUUUGGAGGCGAUGCACCACAUUUAAGGAAGGUUGCCGUUCGUAUACUUUCACAGACAACAACAUCUAGUGGUUGCGAACGUAAUUGGUCAACGUUUGCAUUGAUUCAUACGAAGGUCCGCAACAGACUCUCCUACAGACGGUUAGAGAAACUAAUAUAUGUCCAUUAUAACAUGCGGCUAAAAUUACGAUGUGCUGAGUUGGAUAAGGAGCCAGAGGAACCAGAUAUUGAUCCCAUUGACCUCCAAUUCUACAACGAAGAUUCAGAGCCAAUGUUAGAUUGGGUUGAAGCAGCAGAGAACCAAGAGGAUCCUCUACUUGAUGAGGCGGGAGAUCCUCAACGUCCUUCGCGUUUUAUCACCGAGGCAAUAGAAGAAGAAGAAGAAGCACAACCCCAACAGGUGGAAAAUCCCCCUCGAUUACAACAUGGUAUGAGUCAAACUACUCGAGGAACUACCGAUACCCAACGGUCACACUCGUCCGCCCAACGUGCAAAGGCAAAGGGGAAGGCAGUAGCAUCAGUUGCAUCGUUGGAAAGAAUCGAGUCGGGCGACGAGACACCUUCACAAUCACAUUCUCUUUCUCGCUCGGUCCAGAGACAUGAUAGCAACACAGACAGCAGUGCCUCAACAGAUGAUGGCGGUGAUACCGGGCAGUCGUUGGUCUCGUCUGCACAACUUGAGGGUGGUGAAUGGACUGAGGAGCAAUAUUUUACACAUGCCACUCAAGAUUCAGAUCAUGGAACUCGACAAGGUACUGGUCAAGUUUAUGCGCGGAAGGGAAAGGAGAAGGGGAAGGCAGUGGAUGAAUAUGAACAAAUGCGACAGAGCAUACAUGAUAUAGACACAGAAAGAGACUCAUCGUAUUCACAGCAAUCGUAUUAUGGAGAAUCAUAUGGGCAACAACAGUAUGGUGAUAGUUGGUCAUCCUUCUCUGAGCAACAGCAUGAUACAGAACAACAUCAAUAUAUGCCUCAAGAGCUGCCUCGAACAAAUAUGAUUCAUGACGAUCAAUCUACGAUCAGCACCACAUUGAUGCAUCAAUGGCAUACGGUGUAUCAAUACACUAUGUCAUGGGAUCAAUUUCAUGAUUGGGUCCAACAAACGUAUCAUAUUGAUAUGUAUCGGAUCGAGGACCCUGAUCCACCACCCGUGGAGGCCCGUCGUUCGUUUUGGUGGUAGAAUUAACAAUCAGAUAUUUCAAUCUAUAACGAGCUGAAAUACGAACCUCGAACAAGACUACCUCAAAGCCCGAAAAAGAUAUGUGAUGCUAUUCUUAUCUAAUUUACAUUGAUUUUGUCAAACUUAUACUAUUACUAUAUUUAU